AUGCGAGAUCGACUGGCAAUCGCGCUCUGCAGCUCUCGACCAAUCGGAGUUAAGCCUUUUAAUUUCAUACACGGCCCGACUUAUCUCCGUCUCCAACGUCGCUCCCCGUACCUAUUUUUCUUCAUCUUCAUCGUCAACUUUCCAUCAGUCAACAACGCCGACUCUGCCAGCCCAGAUAUCCCACGAAACACAAACGUCACUGAACCCCCGUAUCAAUCUCCCAUACACACAUCCACAAUGGCCCGUCAACGUCGUUCCGCUGCCCCCGCUCGCAGCGCCCCUCCCAGACCUACCGCUGCCCCAGCUAGACCAGCUGCUCCUCAGAUGCAGCAGCAGAGACCAUCCUCUACCGCCGCUGCUCCCGUUCAGACCCAGCAAGCUCCCGCUCAGUCUAGCGGCGGAUCCAGCUUGUUCGGCCAGAUGGCUGCCACCGCCGGUGGUGUUGCUGUCGGUUCCUCCAUCGGCCAUGCUGUCGGCAGCUUCUUCACCGGUGGCUCUUCCAGCGCUGCCCCAGCCGAGACCCAGCAGGCUGCUGCCGCUCAACCCAUGGACAACUCGCUGUACCAGGCCAACUCCACCAGCGGAUGGGCUGAGGAUGCCCCCUGUGCCGCUGAUGCUCGAAGCUUCAGGAAGUGCAUGGAUGACAACCGAGGUGACCUCACCAUCUGCGGAUGGUACAUGGACCAGCUGAAAGCCUGCCAGCAGGCUGCUAAGCCUUACUAG